GACAAGCAGCAUCACGCAUGGAAUCUGCUACAGAAGCACGACUUCAUCGGAAUAGGUGAAACGCACGGCACGCUCGGCCACGUGACAGCUUCCACGCAACCAGCACACACCCGUGCCUUCUGGUCGCACUAUCAGACACGACGGACCGCGGGCAUUGGCCUAAUCUUGACGAAUCACUCCCCCAGCUCAUUCAACCGGGUGCGGGACGAAGACUGGGUGGAAAUAUGUCCUGGUCGUUUGGCGGCGUUAUCUCUGCGUGGGCCCAACGGGGCACUGGAUAUCGUCGUGGCGUACUUUCCCGCCGGCCACGAAGAAGCUGAAGCUCGACGACAACUGAUCCAGGACCUCGCUGACCAGAUGGCCGACGUGGAUUCCACGCUCACCCUCCUGAUGGGAGAUUGGAACUUCGUGACUGCGGCGGAAGACAGAUGGUGCAAAUGCACCGGGCAGUGGACCGGCGCCACGGACCACAGAGAGGCAGACGACUGGGACACUCACCUCACGUGCCGGCACGGCUUCCACGAGCUCUCCCAACCACUUCCUACCUGCGAGUCUGGACGCGCCCUCUCCCGCAUCGACCGCAUCUACUCCAACCACCACUGUUCCGACCAGCUGGACCGACAGUACUCCGCAACAGCAGAUGUGGAAUACGCGGUGAAACACUCGGGCAACAGCACGCUGGGCCCCGACGGGAUUCCGCACAUCGCUUGGCGCCGAAGCGGACAGAUCGCCAUCAGGGCCUUCUGGGAAGCCGCCGACGCUCUCCAGAGCUCCUCCGGGGAGAGUCGCCUCCACGACCUGAGCGACGACAACGACCCGGCAGGCCACGACUUCAAUCUGGGCACCCUCGUGUGUUUGGGGAAGCAGAAACUGACUUGCGAUCCGACCCAUGGAGACGUCUACACGGCGGACAGCACGCGCCCAUUGUCUAUCGUGAACACAGACAACAGAAUCAUCGCGAACGCGGCCCGACAGCGCUGGGAACCAGUCAUCAACGAAUGGGUCGGCCCACCGCAGCAAGGCUUCUUUCGACACCGGUCGCUAUUGAAGAACGUUCUUGACGUCGAUUUUGCCAGUAUGACUACAGCGCUCCAAUCGGAAUCCGGCGCCAUCAUACUCUUCGACUUUGCGUCCGCGUUCCCGUCGCUCUCGCAGGAAUACUUACACGACAUGCUACGCCACCUGG